AUGGAUGAGAGUAUGCCUUGUGUAAAAAUUAAAUUAUGCGAGAAGACUCAUCCAAAGCUAAUAGAAGCCGUAAGACACGUUAAACGCGCCAAAAAGUGUGUUCUUAUAACGGGAGCGGGAAUUUCAUGUAGUGGUGGUAUACCUGACUUCCGCUCGUCUGAUGGGCUCUACAAUCUAAUUGCUUCUAAAUACCCGGGCACAUUCUCCAGAGGCAAAGACCUCUUCGACGCCAAUCUCCUCCAUUCAGACACCUCUCGUCGUGGCUUCUACGAGUUCAUGGGUCUCUUAAAAGAGUUUAUACUAAACGCUCAUCCGACAGCGACACACCUGUUCAUGAAGAAACUUCAUGACGUAGGGAAACUCGUCCGAGUUUAUACUCAAAAUAUCGACAAUUUAGAAGAGUGCGUAGGAUUAAAUGUCAAAUGGAUGGUCAAUUCAAAGUGUGCUCAGAAUAUUGCGAAAUUUAUAAGCAGGGUGGGGCACCUAGCUGUCCUGCCUGUGAAGCAAGAGACACCCAUCCCCGAACUUGAACAAGAGAAUUCGCUAUGCUUUAACAAACCCGUUAAUCACACAUUUGCUUACCCACUACCAAUAUUAACUUUACCAGAAGAAACUCGACGAAAGCAGGGCAAACGACGACACGCCGUAGGCCUCCUGAAGCCCAGUAUCCUCCUAUAUGGUGAUUCGCAUCCGUUAGGCAUACAAAUAGGCCAGCUUGCAGCAAAAGAUGAAGAACGCCUCGAUUGCCUGAUAAUUCUCGGCACAUCUCUCCGAAUACCUGGAGUCAAAUCAUUAAUAAGACGGUUCUCUAGAGCGGUUCACGCCCGAAAUGGAAAAGUUAUUCUCGUCAAUGCCACUGAUGUCGCAAAAAAAGAGUGGGAUGGGAUUAUCGAUUAUGAAGUCGUAGGGACAAGCGAUGAGUGGGUUGCCUUGGUUGAGAAGGAGUUGGAGAAGAAAGAAAGUACGCGUAUGAGAAAACUGAACGAGCGAAGAAAGGAACGGGAGAUGAACGGGAGAAAAAGAAAGAAGGAAAUGCUGGGUGUGAGAAGCAUAUUGAAUGCGAGGAGGAAGAAGGGAAUCAAUGGUGAUAUGAAGAAAGGACGUUACGAAGCUUUAAAGUUAAAUAGUGGAAAUAGAAAAAGAUUCCACACGAAACCAAUGCGCGUGCGAGUGCAGGAUGACGAGAGUGAACAUGCUUGUUCGAGCAGUUCUGUUUAUGAUUCGGUGGAUACUGUUGAAACCGACGAUUUAUCAGACGCCAAGACUAUAAUAUCAGAAGACGACGAGAAUAAGCUUGAAGUUAGAGUGAACGUUGAAGUCAUGAGCAGACUAACCGACACUUCUAGUCUCAGUGAGCUAUCUGAUGUGUCUGAUAGUGAGUUAUCGGAUGUCGAGUCUUGUAGUGAAAUGGGUCGAGUGAUUGUGGAGAUUGAAGAGAAUAGAAAUAUAAUGUAUCUUAGUGAAAAAAGUUGUGUGAAAAGCUGUAUGAAAAGUCGUAUAGAGAGGACAAGCAGCAAUCCGAUUGGGAGUUGUAUGCGAUCCGAUGAAGAGACUGAUACAAAAUCUAGUGAUGAGGAAGUAAACCGUUAUAAUGCUCGUGGGCGUAAAAGGAAAGCCAUCGGACUGUUGAAAGAACAGUUUAAGGUUGUUAAAAAAGUUACGAUGGUUGAGAACGAAAAGAGAGGGAUUGGAGGUCCGAGGCGGUCUGCUCGGUUGCUUUUGAGAAGAGGAAAGUAA